GAGACGUUAAGUUGCAAACGUGUAGUAAUAGAAGAUGGCCGCUAUAAUCCUUGGCACUUAAUUAUGAAGCUCGUGACCGAACGAGAGCAGGCAUGUACGUACCUACCCGAACCCACCCCGCGCAUUUCCCGUUUUUGAAUUUUUACCACUUAUUCGUAAUCCCAUACAUGAUGAUACUGAUAAAGUGUGGUACAGUAGAUACAUAACGACGACCCCUCAAAUUUGUUUUCUUUGAAGACAUGCCAGAUAUUUUUUUAUGGCCUCACUACCUCAAUGAGCGGAGUCAGCGCAUCCUUCCGUGUAUUCGACUUUCGUCUUUGCACACGCUCGCCAGAAACAUCCCAGACUGACAUCAUUGAUCAUAGGAUGUUUUGCUCCGGAAGAACUUCAACAUGAUAAAUACGUCGUGGAGAAGGUACACCGUAUGCUUUGGGUAGCAUAAUAACAAAGCAGGAAAAUAGAGGUCAUUUUGAACACAAAAUGAGGGAUGCUAUUGCUAAAGGUCUGGAGCCUGACACAGGCGCGCAGCGGGCUAGUACGGGGACAGCGUCAGCGGAAGAAGACAACACGAGAUGGGUGCCACGAGACGGAGAAGUUUCUUUCAUGAAAUUAGACCUUGAGAAAAGCAUGGUGUCUUCUACAAGAGAAAAGGACAACUGCUCACAGCCGCCAACCGCCCGUGUUCUUCCGCCCAACGAAUUGCUGUCCGCGCGCGUAGAGGAAUUCGCAGUCGCUGGAGGCUCUGCGCGGGCUCUUGAGGAAGUCGACGACGAGGGUCUAGUCCUUGGUGAUGAACAACAGCAGCUGAAAAAAUUGGGGGGUCAGCACUCGGUAAACGAAAAGCAUUUCUUAAGACCACAAGGAGAGGGAGAAGACAGUGAGAGUAAGAAUUCACUCGUUCUGGUGCGAGAGGUUGAGGGUCGAGAAACGAUGCGAUCCCAGGCUGAAGAUGGCACCUCACGAGCCUUUGUAUCUACAACUUUCUCCGAGCAAGACGAGCAGUUCCAAAGCGGCGACGAGAAAGACCCAGAACGAUUCCCGUCAAGGAGAGGCUCUCCUUCAAGCAAGUCUGCGACAAUCUCUUCCAGCGUGCAAAUCAUCAACACGCAAAAUGUCGACGCUGUAGAUGUUGCAAAUGACGUUCUUCAGAACCGUGCUAGAUCAAAUGGAAGCAAGAAGGGCAAUAAGAAGUAUCACGGUGGCAAACAACAGGACUCCACGAGCGAGGAGGAGCAGGAAAAAAGUUUCUCUGUUACGUUUGGCUCUGGAGCUGGUCGCGCAAUGGCUGAAAUGCUCGUGGAAGAGGACUUGUUGAGCACUGCAGGUACGUCAAAAAUGAAAUCCUCAAUAGGAAGUGCGCAUGCACCAGAGGUCGUAAAUGAAAAUGUGUGUCAAGGAUUACAGGGUACUACAAUCUAUAAUACGGCGUUCCAUCCACGACGCGGCAAUAAAGAUGGAAAAAGGAAAUCAACAGGAACAGGAGCAGACGAAUCACGAUCGGAUUUAGAGAUGGGAAACAGCAUGUCACUUUCUAGAAGCCUAAUUCAGAAGGGCUCUGAUAAGCAUAAAAAUAUAUAUAUUCAAAUGCAUCGGGGCGACGAGCAAGCGACUGGUUCGUCUCCGCUACGGUCUAGUUCAGACGUCUUUACAAGUGUGUAUGGUGCAACAAGCGUAACAGAACCUAACGACACCGCACCACCACCACCCGAGAAUGGUAGCACUCCUAAGGAGGAAAUACUACGAGAAGGUCGGGUAAGCGCUGCGGGGGAGAGUCGUUCAGAGUACGAGCAGAGGAAUACAAGGACAAGUUAUGCUACUUCUGCAGGGUAUUAUCGUGAUAAUCCAUCUUCCGUAAGCAGCGGCACGCCGUCCCCCUCGGCGAGUUUGGGCCUGUCUCUUAGCCCUGCAACGACUCCGGGUGUUUCCCCUGCUCCGGGUGUUUCCCCUGCAGGAGCAACAAAUGUUGGGAAGCUUUCCGAAGCAAACAUAAAGAUGCACCAGAGCAGUAAAAGCGCAAGCUUUGGAGAGUCUAAGCACGGUGCUGGCAUCCGAAUAGCUUCCACACAUGGAAGUCCAAAUCCUGAUAAGAGCAUGAUGCGUGUUUCGAAUGAGGUCAAGAAUUACAACACGACAGUGCCAGAUCAGCCUGUAGUGACCGGUGGAUCCCAUGCGAGCCAGUAUCCACACAGUACCACUGCAGAGCAGCUUCAAGAGGCCGCAGCGUACGCAGCCGCCUACCAGGAAUACUAUCAGGCCCGACUACAGAGCGUGAGUCAGUUUUUGGGCGAUUUGAAUACUGUCGAAGAACAAGAGGCACUCAUAACGUCACGCCCAGAAUUUUCCCAAAAUCGUGCCCGACACAGAGGUCGCGCCAUCGGCUCCAUGAAUACCUCAAGUUUAGCGUUUGAUACGAGGACCACUUCUCCAACAGACGGCUCUCGCCGUGGGCGACGAAAAACGCCACUGGAGAGGCUGUUGCGCCAGUUACGGAGGCCCGAGAUUCUGCUCCUCGCAGGUUGGUGGCUUAUCAUGUUCGUGCUGCUGCUCGUCAUCGCUGACAUGUGGGUUCUGGUAGUGGAUAUUUGGAAGCCCCUUGCUUUUCUUCUUGGUUUGCCUACUGCGAGUCUCGUUAUUUUGCUUGUGGUCACGUUGUGACGAUCUUUUUCUUCUUUGAUGGAGUUGAUACCUAGGCCCUAUCAUCGUAAUGCUUUAGCAUGAUGAAAGGAGCUUGCAACAUUAAUAGGUGAGAUAGCGGCUUCCCCGACUUCGGUGACUGUAAUAAAACUUUGAGGGUGAGAACAAACAAAUGGCGAAAGAAGGAUACUUGCUCCAUUGCACUAAAAGUAGAAAACUAAAGUAGGGAGGCAACGGGAAUUCUUGCAGAUCACGCGCUUGAGAGAACGCUAGUAGGGCAUU